GCCCCGCCGCCCGCACGUGGCGCCGCGGCCUUCCCGGCGCUCCCGGCGGCGGAAGCGGCUCCGCUUUCCGGCGGAAGCGCCGGCCCUCGCAGCCUGAGCCGGACUCGCAGCGUUUCCGCCUCGCGGCCGCCGCACGGCCAAACCAGCGCAGCCGAGCCGCGGGGCGUUCCGCCGCUCGCUCCCCUCAGGCCGGUCAUAAGGCAGCGGCGCCGGCGGCCGAAGGAUGUGGCGGAGGCGGCAGUGGCAGGCGCCGCGGCCGAGGGAGCCCUGAGCCCGACCAGCGCUUCCCGGCCCCGCGACCCCCCGGCAGCCAGCGACCCCAGCUCCGGCCCCCGCCGUCCCCCGCCCCUCCUCGACGUCGCCCCCCGCGGCCCCGCCCGUCCCCGCCGGGUCCCCGCGCCCUGGAGCCCCGCGCGGGCGCUGAGCGCAGCCCGUGAGCCGAGCGCAGCCAGGAUGGCCUCGUCGUCCGGCAACGACGACGACCUCACCAUCCCCAGGGCUGCCAUCAACAAGAUGAUCAAAGAGACGCUGCCCAACGUCCGCGUGGCGAACGACGCCCGGGAGCUGGUGGUGAACUGCUGCACUGAAUUCAUCCACCUCAUCUCCUCCGAGGCCAACGAGAUCUGCAACAAAUCGGAGAAGAAAACUAUCUCCCCGGAGCAUGUCAUACAAGCACUAGAAAGUUUGGGGUUUGGCUCCUAUAUCAGUGAAGUAAAAGAAGUCUUACAAGAAUGCAAAACAGUAGCACUAAAGAGAAGAAAGGCCAAUUCACGCUUGGAGAACCUCGGCAUUCCGGAAGAGGAGCUACUAAGGCAGCAACAGGAAUUAUUUGCACAAGCUAGACAACAGCAAGCAGAACUGGCACAGCAGGAAUGGCUACAGAUGCAACAAGCAGCUCAACAGGCACAGCUCGCUGCUGCCUCAGCCAGUGCAUCCAAUCAGGCAGGAUCUUCUCAGGAUGAAGAUGAUGAAGAUGAUAUCUGAAAAUCACCAGCUGAGUUGUCUUACUAAGAAAUACUUCUGCUGCACAAUGAAAACAGUGAAAUGAAUGCUUACCUGUAAGUUUGUAUGCAUCGUGGACUGGCAGUUGGUAUUCUAGGGGUGUCUGCUGUUGUGUGCUGUACAUGUAUAAACUGUCUUUUUUGAACUCUUGAAGAUUUAAGGUUCAGUAUCAUAUCAACUUUGGAUUUUUAAUGGUGUAUAUGGAAAUUUUAGAUAGCAGUGCGUCAUUUAUUUGAUCAAUAAGCAGUGUUACAAUAAACAACAUGUUUAUAAAAUAUAGUGAGGUUUAUACAAAAAGCUCUAAAUCCACAUUUGCAUUUCUUCCCUUUUAACUAAACUCUAAAAUCUUACUUAGAAUUUUUAAUUGUUUUUUGGGGGAGUGGUACAGUAGACAUAAUCUGUUAACAGGAAAAAAAGUAGAGUUCAGCAUAGAGGAGUCUGAAUUCUUAGUUCUUUUUAAAAUGAGGAUGUAUAUGGCAAUAAAUAUUAUAUAUGCUCAAAUACCAUACUUGUUAAAAUCUGAAAAUGAUACAUUUUCACCAAACUAGGAAAAGGUAUGUUUAAUAGGAGUUGUACAAAUUCAGUCUUUUUUUUUUGUAUAGGGGUGAAAUAAAAUAAACCCACGGUUUUAUUAUGACAUCCUUUUGACAGUCCUGACUGAGUAUUUCACUUCAAAGACCGCCUGGUUUGAAGAACUAACUCUUCUAGUACGUCACUCCAGUUUAAUGUUGACUGUUGUUGAUGGUAUUUUGUAGUCCAGAUUUAUUCAUAUUGUUAAAAUAUAAAGCUGGAACUAAAAGAAACAAAAUUGUUUGUUCUGCUGAUAUGACAGAUUAAGUAUUCAAGCCCAAGAAGGCAAAAACUGACCCUAACAGCAUGUUUGUCAUAAAAGAGAGAAUUUAUUUAACCUUGAUUAGCCAUUGUCAGCAUAAUGCUAACAUUCUCCAGACUAGAUUGCCACUGGAUUGCUAAGAUACCUUGUUGAAAGACAACAUUUUCUUCACUCAAAUUGAUUUGUAGGUUUCUGAUAAACCGUUCCCCAAGAGCGAUCAGCAGCAAUACAUGAAACAGAAAUGAUGUACUUGUCCUUUGGAUAGUUCUGUUGAUUUAAUGGAUGAGCAGCUGUCCUUUGUGUUGAAAUAAAGCACAGUAGUGUCCAUUGCUGAGUUUUAAGUGUUACUUGGAGUAAUACUGGCAUAUCUUCUGGUACACUGAUCUGAGCAGACUAGAAAAGCCACUUGCAUGCUGCUGUAGAUGACCCCAUAGCUCUCUAACAAAGUGGAUGGUUUUAGCACGUCCUCAGUGAGUUGCUCUAGUUAGAAUUCUUGAGGAGGGCUGCAGCAGUCUUUACAUAAGGAUGGAAACAGCAAAUGGUGGGCCCAUUUUUACAUGAGUAUCUGAACAAGAUACAAUUGGCAUGUAUGCAGAUCUCAGUCACACAGUGACUUUUGAUUUAAAUUUGAGAUGUGUUAAGUUGUAUAUUGAAUAAAUGUGAAGACGUCUUUAAAAGCAGUAAUCCAGUGAAAACUCAGAAGAGUAUUUGUUUGAAUAGUUAAGUUUAAAAAAGAAAAAAACCCAACUUUCCUGGCUACUACAUAAAAUAUGUAGGCAAGGUUUGACUGAAGAAGUGGUUUUCUGUAAAGGUUUAAGUACCAAAGGUAGAAAAUCUAGUCUAGUGAUACAAUGUUAAUGUGCAGUGUUGGCUUUUCUAAUUUGUACUGUAACACCUUCACACUUUCUAUUUUAAAUGAGUCUUUUCCUUCUAAAUAAUACUAGGUAUAUUUUCACACCUUUCUUUUCUGAUGCAGAAAUCAGGUUAACAUUUUACUGCAUCUGGUAUGUAUGGUGUAAUGUUUGAAUUUUGUGACCUUUCUUUUUGGACAUUCUUGUGCUUUUUCAUAUGCUGUAUUCUUCAAGCAAUAAAAUUCUGAUGUGUUUUUAUAAAAUUGCUUUUAUAUUUAA